AAACGUGAAAGCAUCAGAUUGAGCAUGGCAAUUCAAGGCUCUCUACUAUUUGUCCUGGUGGUCCUGGUCAACUCGUUGGCUUGGACUGAGUUUGCUUUAGCUAGUGGAGUGUCAACUUCUUUUAAUCGUAGCAGUUUUCCUGAUGGUUUUUUAUUUGGAGCAUCCUCAGCUGCCUACCAAUAUGAAGGCGCAGCAAAAGAAGGAGGGAAAGGCCCAAGCAUAUGGGAUAAAUUCGUUCACACAUAUCCAGAUAAAAUAACCGACCGCAGCAAUGGGGAUGUAGCCGACGAUUUUUAUUAUCGUUACAAGGAAGAUGUGCAAUUGAUGAAGUUUAUGGGGUUGGAUGCUUUCAGAUUCUCUAUCUGCUGGCCCAGAGUACUGCCUACUGGGAAGCUGAGUGGAGGAGUGAACACGGAAGGUGUGGCCUUCUAUAACAAUCUCAUCAACGAGCUACUAGCAAAUGGUAUACAACCCUUGGUGACAAUCUUUCACUGGGAUCUUCCCCAACCUCUACAUGAGGAGUAUGGUGGCUUUUUAAGCCCUCGGGUUCUGGAUGACUUUCUUGAUUUCGCUGAACUUUGCUUCAAAGAAUUUGGUGACAGAGUAAAGCAUUGGCUCACCAUGAAUGAACCAUGGAUUUUCACCUCCGGUGGCUAUGAUACAGGCGCCUCCGCACCUGGACGAUGUUCUUCUUGGAUGAACAACGACUGCCCUGCCGGUAACUCCGCGACUGAGCCUUAUAUUGUUGGCCACAAUUUGCUCCUUUGUCAUGCAUCAACAGUCAAACUGUACAAGCAGAAAUACCAGGCCAAGCAAAAGGGCCAGAUAGGGAUAACACUAGUGUCUCAUUGGUUUGUGCCCUACUCGAGGUCCAAAAUUAACCAUAUGGCAGCCCGACGAGCCCUUGAUUUUAUGUAUGGAUGGUUUCUUCACCCGGUAACUUAUGGUGAUUAUCCACCUAUAAUGCGGAGGCUAGUUGGAAAACGAUUACCAAAGUUCACUGCCGAGCAAUCUGCAAUGGUCAAAGGCUCCAUGGAUUUUCUUGGAAUCAAUUACUACACUGCAAAUUUUGCUGCUAAUGUUCCUUUUGCUAAUACUAUUAAUGUCAGUGCCACAGCUGAUAAUCUUGCUAAUCUUACAACGGACCGAAAUGGAAUACCAAUUGGUGACCCGACUGGUGUUAGCACUUUUUUCGUAUAUCCACAAGGACUCCAUGAUCUUCUGGUCUAUACAAAAGAAAAAUACAACAAUCCAACUAUUUUCAUUACAGAAAAUGGUAUGGGUGAUUAUAACAAUAGUACAGCUAAGGAAGGCAUCAAGGAUUAUCAGAGGAUAGAUUUCUACUACCGCCAUCUUUUGGCCGUUAAAAAAGCCAUUGAGGAGGGUGUCAAAAUUAAGGGCUAUUUUGCAUGGACAUUUCUUGACACUUUCGAAUGGGGCUCAGGAUACACUUUAAGGUUCGGUCUCAACUAUGUAGAUUUCAAAGAUGGACUGAAAAGAUACCCUAAGUACUCAGCCCUUUCGAUCAAAAAAUUCCUCAAGAAAAAUUAAGAUUUGUCUAAGCUAGAGAGUGCUUUGGUUUGGUUUUCGACUCAGUUUGGAUCAAAUAAGUGGAAGAUCAACAUAUGUAUUUGAUACAUAUGGUUAGAGCUUCUGAUUUAGAAUGGAAUGUGUGGCCUGUUUCGCUUUUGGAUUUGAUAUUUAUGAAUUGUAAUGUGCUCUAAGUUUAAUCUAAUUAUUUGCUCUUGGAAUAAAAAUAAAAAAAUCUUCAUUACUAAAUAAAAUACUCGUAAUUAGUUUCAUUAA